CAAAUUGUUUUUUUUCUAUCUUGUGGAAUAUUUAUAAUGUUCUAUAGAUUUACUUCAUAUCUUCAUUCAUAUUUAGGAGACAUUUCUAACAUCUGACCAGAGACAGCGAGUUACAUAUUAAUAAAGCUGGUAUCAUUUAAAUUUCUCUUUUUUUAAUAAACAAAUUACAGACAGAUAAACCACUAUAGAAGUAGUUUUUGGAGUAAUUCAGAAAUCUUGCGUCCACAUCUUAUUGUUCAUCAUUCUCUCCGUGUUGCAAUGAUCAUUUAUCCAACAGAAUCUUUAAAUAAUUAAGUACCAAGAGAAGCGUGUGUGAAUAUGGGAACAAACAACACUAGACUCUUUGUUUUUGUCUUUUUUAACAUCUUUAUUGAAACACGCAGACUCAUCAGAACAACCCUUGCGCAUCACAAGGUCAUUUUUCCACAUCCACCUAACAGAGGACUCAUCUGGGCUUUGUCCUUCUCCAUGUUCAUGUGUAAGCGUGUCUUCAUGGAUGUGUUUGCGCUCCUUGUUAGAGGGAGUGUGCCUCUGCAGAUUCCUGAUGACCGCUGUUUAUAGAGGAAUUCCUGCCUUCUCGCUGCUAUUGAAUGUGGAGUCUUUAUGGCCUCUUUGGACCUCCGUUUGUAAACACAAACACUGCGACACAAAAGGACGCGAGGGAGAAAGUGGUGGACAGCAGGGAAGGAGCCACAUACUUGCUGCAUUUCUAUCUGUGCUGCGUAUGCACGCUGUGGGAUGAGACCAGGUGAAAGUCUGUUCCGAGUGGGCAAUUGAUUCAUUAGCGGAAUAAAAAGUUAUUCUUCUUUAGGAACAUACAGCAUGUGAGGCAGGUGAAGAGCUCAUCCACUGCAUGGUGUGUGUGUGUGAGAACAUGCAUCUCUGUGUGUGGCUGUCUGGGAGUCUGAGAGAGGGAGAGAGCAUGAGAUGAGUUAAUGAGAUGGACAUAUUGUGUGUGUGUGUGUGCGCGUGUACGUGUGUGCGUAGCAGGGGGUGGGUGCAUUAGUCUGUGUCGGACAGCAAAGAGCGCCGCAGUUAUCUAGGAAUCUGAGCCAAAGCAACCUCACUAACAGACAGCGAGCAGAAGCAAGAGGAGGACAUGGAGUGAGAUGAGCUGAGGCACCAAAAAAAGGAAGAAGAAGAGAAUGAAUGAAGCACAGUUUGUAGAAAAGGGGGCAGUCAAGGUAAACUAUAGAAACAUUUAAAAGAAAAGGACAAGGUAGCAAACACUUUCCAAGGGGUAGUUGUUGAGAAUAAGGAAAGUGAAGGGACAUUUUUCAACAACGACAAAAGGACAAACAACUUACAACUCAGGGAAAGAAGGUUUUCCUUCUGGAUCAAGACCUCAAGACACAGGUCAAGGCGAGCCGGCAUUUCUGCAUUUUCCCAUGGUUCCACUCGGCCCGCUCAGCCUGCUUCCUCUGCUGUCGCUGUGUGUGGGAGCACUGCUGUCCUCGGAUGCGUCUCCGGACUGCACGCAGCCUCCCUGCAGAGACAUGCUGGUGGCAGCCCCCAUCCAGCCCAGGACCGGAGCAGGAGUGGGUACCGUGGCCUGUGAGGGUCAACCUGGCACAGCAGCCUGCAGGAUGGGGGUUUCACUGCCAGCCGUCUCAGAAGUUCCUCGGAUGGCGGAGCACAGGCACGAGUUCGCCCAGGUCAAGCCUAAGACCGGAGGCGUCAAGGAGCGCCUCGUUCAGCUGCAGCGCUGCAUGGGCUCCCUCCAGGACCCCGGCGGCCCCUGGAGUCACGGGGGCCAGGAGAACAACUCCCUGGGAGCCAUCCUGGCACUGAUGGCAGCGGUGCUGACAGAGUGUGACCUCCACUGCCACAGCCAGGCCCUCGGUGCGAUGGCCAAGAGACUCGAAAGUGCCGCCGUAGGAAGAGAGGGGGAGAGGGACCUGUUGCUUUUCCUGAAGAGUAUCACACAACAUGCACCCACAGUUUCCCCCGUGGAGAAGUUACAUCCUCAGGACUGUGCAGAGAUUUACAGACUCGGGAUCAAAGAGAACGGGAUCUACACCAUCCAGCCGGACCUGAACAGGCCGGCAUUGGAGGCUAAAUGUGACAUGGAGACGGCGGGCGGCGGGUGGACGGUGAUCCAGAAUCGGCGGGACGGCUCAGUGGACUUCAACAGGACGUGGCAGGAAUACCGUGAGGGCUUUGGAAGUCCACAGGGAGAGCACUGGCUGGGCAACGCGGCGCUGCACGCCCUCACCUCCGCCGGCCAACACCAACUCCGCAUCGAGCUGGAGGACUGGCACCAGCAGAAACGUCACGCCACCUACAACAACUUCAGAGUGGCCUCAGAGGCUCAGAGGUACCGUCUCACAGCACGGGAGUACUCUGGUGAUGCAGGCAAUGCGUUGAGCUACAGCAAACGUUACAACCACGACAGCAGAUCCUUCAGCACGGCCGACCGGGACCAGGACCGCUAUGCAGCUGGGAACUGCGGCCAGUACUACGGUGCGGGCUGGUGGUUCGACGCCUGCCUGGCAGCGAACCUGAAUGGACGGUAUUACCGUGGGCGCUACAGCGGCGUGACCAACGGGAUCUAUUGGGGGACAUGGUACAUCCUGACAGAUGGACGAACUGGAGAACGCUACUCCUUCAAGAGGGUGGAGAUAAAGACCAGACCCAAAAACAUAGUGGGAACAUCCUGAGUAAUGGCAACGAUUCUCAUUGAUUAAUCAAUCAAGUCACUGUGUUCACAGAGCAGCUUUCAUGUCACUUAUCGGUGACAUGCAGAUGGCAACUAAUAGAUGAAAGAAAAUAUACAAAAGAUAUUGUCAUUCACUAGCAGAAUAUUUGAAGAUACACAAUAUUCUUUUGUUUAUUGAGUGGCUUCUCUUUUGCAAAAACACAUUUAUUGUUUCUCCUUUGCAUUAAUAUGAAGAAAUAGAAAGUAUUGCAUGCAAAAGUGUUAUUGUAAUAAAUUUCAAGAAUCUUUAUUGCCUAUUAAAAUAAAUAUUCUGUC